UUAACCCCCAUUCUUUCUGGUCCCUAGCCAUACAUAGGCAGCCCCCUUUUUUUAUUGCUAGUAUUAUUAGAUUAGAUCUCUCUCCCCAUUACUUGAUUUUAUUAUUUUCACAAACUAAAGAACCCAUCAAGAAUCAACAAACGAGAAAGAAACAUGUUUCUUUUAGAUUGGUUCUAUGGGGUUCUUGCAUCUCUUGGUUUAUGGCAAAAAGAAGCCAAGAUUCUUUUCUUGGGUCUUGAUAAUGCUGGCAAGACAACCCUUCUUCACAUGUUGAAAGACGAGAGAUUAGUACAGCAUCAGCCAACCCAGCAUCCAACAUCAGAGGAAUUGAGCAUUGGAAAAAUCAAGUUCAAGGCUUUUGAUUUGGGCGGCCACCAGAUCGCUCGUCGUGUUUGGAAAGAUUACUAUGCUAAGGUGGACGCCGUGGUUUACCUAGUGGAUGCCUUUGACAAGGAGAGGUUUGCCGAGUCAAAGAAGGAACUGGAUGCCCUCCUAUCAGAUGAAUCCUUGGCUAAUGUUCCCUUUCUGAUUCUAGGCAACAAGAUUGACAUUCCCUAUGCUGCUUCGGAAGAUGAGCUCCGUUAUAGUCUUGGGCUCAACAAUUUCACUACUGGCAAGGGGAAGGUGAAUCUGGUAGACUCCAAUGUCCGUCCUCUUGAGGUUUUCAUGUGUAGUAUUGUCCGCAAGAUGGGAUACGGUGAUGGCUUCAAGUGGAUGUCUCAAUAUAUCAAGUAGAAUCUGGAGUAACACCUGGCCUUGUACUCUUUUGGAGUUUUUCCGUCAUUUUUUGCGCUGUCUUACUACGGUUACGUUGAAUAUGGAAUUUUUGUUUGUCUUUGAUGAUUUUAUUUUCGAAGGAUUAACAACUGUAGUAACAUAUGAUUGAUAACUCAGCCUUUGUGAAAUUGGAGUUUAUCGAA